GUAGACCGGAGCGAGCGCGCUAUCUUAUCUUCGCUGUUACUACCAUCUGGGUCAACUUCACCACCACAUUUUCACUUCAUCACUACCAACACUCAUAGUCUGCACCCUCUUUCUUCCCCGCCGUCGUUGCUGUUAGAAAGAAACCAGGAUGCCAUCGAAUUAUUCAAGUCGGAAUGCCUCGCCGUUGAGGCCUGCGUUUUCGGGUGUUGCGUCGUUCAAGGUGGAGAAUUUGGAGAUUUCGGAUGAUAUGCAUCCUGUUAUUCAUGCUGGGCGUGUGGCGGUUAUUACGGGUGCUGCGAGUGGGAUUGGGCGGGCUGCUGCUAGGGAGUUGGCCAAGUUGGGCUUGAAGGUUGCCAUCGCGGAUAUCAACGAGAAGGAGCUGGAGGUGUUUGGGAAGGCGCUGGUUGAGGAGUUUGGGGAGGGGAAUGUGUUGGUUGUGCCUACUGAUGUUGCGCAGUAUGAGCAGGUUGUGGCGUUGAAGGAUAAGGUGUAUGAUGCUUGGGGAGAGGAGCUGCGUGUUAUCUUCGAUGCGAGGGCUAUCGGUUCCCUAUCUUGGGAGCGGGAGCCCCUAUCCCUAUCCAUGAUCAACGCGCGGCUGCCUCCGGUCGCUGUUCUGCUGAACAAUGCGGGUAUUGCGGCCAAGGGGACGUCUUGGGAUGGGAUGGAGAAUUGGAAGAAGAUCUUUGACGUGAACGUGUUUGGUGUGAUCAAUGUUCAGCAGGCGUUUGUCCGCAGCAUGAUCCAUCAAGAAAACCAGGCUGUAAUCAUCAACACGGGUUCGAAGCAGGGAAUCACCAAUCCUCCCGGAAAUCCUGCCUACAAUGCAUCGAAAGCUGCUGUAAAGAGCUUGACCGCAAGUCUGGCGCACGAACUGCGAGAGAAGGCGUAUGCCAACGUUACUGCCCAUCUUUUCAUCCCUGGCUGGACAUACACUCCGCUCGCAGGUGCUGGAACGGCCUUUACCGAGAAACCGCGAGGCGCUUGGACGGCAGAGGAGACGGUCCUGUACAUGCUGGAUAAAGUCCGCGAAGGGGAUUUUUAUAUCCUCGUUCCUGACAACGAGACGAAGCGCGAAGUUGACCAGUUGAGGAUUAUGUGGGCUGCCGCGGAUUUGGCGGAGAAUCGACCUGCGCUUAGUAGGUGGCAUCCGAGCUACAAGUCGUUGUUCGAGGAGUACAUGAGGGAGGGGCUGGCACAGUUGGAGUAG